CGCGUUUUUUACAUGAUCCUUUCCUUAGCACAACACUUCCAUUAACCCAUCAAACCUCUUAAUUUUAAAAUACUUCCAAAUCAAAAUAGUAUCUCUCCAUGGAUUCCUAUAGAAUGCACCCAAAACUGAUCGAGGAAAAUCGUGGUAGCUUUUUUCGCGUCCUUUUUCGCAAUGAUCAAAUUCCUGUUGAAGGCUUCCUUUGGAAUAUAGAUCCGGUGUCUGGGACUUUAUUUCUUUUAAAAGACCCAUCUGCUUCUUCUUCAAUACCCUCGUCACAUUUAGAAGAAACUGAGCACCGUGUUUACAGUAUCAUGUCAGAUGCGAUUCGAAGCUUUGAGAAAGAUGAUUCUGUGCAGCCUCUUUCACCAGAAGCUUUACUUGAAUGGGAUCAUCUUUUAACCUAAAAUUCGUAGAAAAUUCGUGAAAUGGAUUUUAUGUUUUCAUUGAGAUUGAAAAAGAAGUGAGCGAAUCCGGUCUUUUUUUUUGGUUCUUUUUUGUUGAAUCCUUUUUUUUUAUACUGGUUUUGUAUUUACAAAUUAUGGGAAAUGAAGACUUCUAUUCGAUUGUGAAUUCGUUCUCUAUCACCGUCUAGCUUAGGCACUUCGGUGAUAUCAUCACCAUUUUAAGAUAUUACUUCCUUCUCGGCGGUUUCCCUCUGCCAUUCACAUAUCUCACUUUCUAGACUGAAAAUUGAAU